ACACUUUUUCAAAGAAAAACAUUCAAAGAAUGGCGUUUCCGUAUUCUUCAUGCAAACAAAAAUAUACAUUCCUCUCCUCUCUUCUUCUACUUUUGCUUCUUUCUUCUUCAGUAGCUGAGCUCUCUUUCAACUUCUACGCCGGUUCAUGUCCCGGAGCUGAGUUAAUCGUCAGGAACACCGUUAGAUCUGCUUCAACCUCUGAUCCAUCAGUCCUUGGGAAGCUCCUACGUCUCAUCUUCCAUGAUUGCUUCGUCCAGGGUUGUGAUGGCUCAGUGUUAAUUCGAGGGAACGGUACAGAGAGAAGCGAUCCAGGGAACGCGUCUCUAGGAGGAUUCACUGUUAUAGAAAGCAUCAAAAAUGUCCUCGAAAUAUUUUGUCCCGGCACAGUGUCUUGCGCUGAUAUACUUGUUCUUGCUGCUAGAGAUGCAGUAGAAGCUCUAGGAGGACCGGUAGUUCCGAUACCGACAGGGAGAAGAGACGGGACGGUCUCAAUGGCGGAAAAUGUCAGACCAAACAUCAUCGAUACCGAUUUCACAGUUGAUAAGAUGAUCAAUAUCUUUUCCUCUAAAGGCUUAUCUGUUCAAGAUCUAGUGGUCCUCUCUGGAGCACACACUAUUGGAGCUGCGCAUUGCAACACAUUCAACAGCAGGUUUAAGCUUGAUCCAAAAGGAAACUUAGAGCUAAUAGACGCGUCUCUCGAUAACUCCUAUGCGCAAACACUUGUAAACAAGUGUUCAUCGUCAUUAGAUCCAACGACCACGGUCGUUGAUAACGAUCCAGAGACAUCUUCGACGUUCGAUAAUCAGUACUACAAGAAUCUGUUGGCUCACAAGGGUUUGUUUCAGACGGAUUCAGCUCUCAUGGAAGAUGAUCGAACGAGGAAGAUUGUUGAGAUUCUUGCGAAUGAUCAGGAGAGUUUCUUCGAUAGAUGGACUGAGUCUUUUUUGAAGAUGAGUUUGAUGGGUGUGAGAGUUGGUGAAGAAGGUGAGAUUAGACGUUCUUGUUCUGCUGUUAAUUAAAAGAAGAUUAGACCAAGUUUCUAAUCAGAGGAGCAAAAUUGGGAAAUAGUGUUUCUUACGGAUGGUAGUUUUACUUAAUACGAUUUCUUGAUUUAUUUAUUUUCAACUCAUGUAAACAAUUACGACUUUAUGAAAAUUUAAAAUUAAUUAUAAGUACUUUA